ACCGAGCAGCUUCGCGACUGAUCUAUGUUUGGCAAGCUUAAUUGGCGCAACAUCCUAGAAGGUUGAAAUCAAUUGAAAACUAUCCUAUUGAUAAUUGCUCCCUUAUAUCUGCGUCUCUUUUACGCUUCUUGGCCUCUUGGACUCGCGUCUGCUUGCAGUUGUCCGCCGCAAAGUCCAGCGCGAAGUCCGCCGCAACCAUGACGAACGUGGAUGAGCUUUUCAAGAAACCGUUGUCGGCAGCGAGUGCCAAACGGAAAUUAGAUAUCUCAAAAGAUCCGAACGAGCUAUACAAAGCGGCCAAGCUGGAAGCCAAUGGAGAUGUCAAGUCAAAAGGAAAGGUGCCUAUGGUAGAGGAUGGAGAAGAGGACGACGGCUAUGCUGGCCCCGAACUGCCACCCGAUUUCGAAUCCGAAGACAUCCCCGAUGACGAAGAAGGACGCUUCUUUGGAGGAGGAAUGGAACGGGAGACAGCUCAAGCUAUGAACUAUAUUGACGAACAAGAUCAAGGAGAGUUUACAAACGAGAAAUUCGACGUCGCGUGGCUCAGGCGCUUUGCCUUAAACUUCGAGAAGAAGAUAUCCAAGAAUGCCGAACUACGGGGAAAGUUUGAGGGUGACCCUCAGAAGUUCAUGGCGUCCGAAGCUGAUUUGGAUACGGAGAUCAAAAGCCUGUCCAUAUUGUCCGAACAUCCCGAGCUAUACCACGAAUUCGCCAAGUUAGGAUGCGUCAGCUCUCUAAUUUCCCUUCUCUCACAUGAAAACGCCGACAUUGCCAUCGAUGCGAUCCAGAUCAUCAGUGAAUUAACGGACGAAGAUGUGGAAGCAGAACAAGAGCAAUGGGAUGGGUUGGUAAAUGCAAUGUUGGACGCGGACCUCAUUGAACUUCUCGCUCAAAAUCUGUCACGGUUAGAUGAGGAAGCAGAGGCAGACAGGGCAGGAGUUUACUAUAUCUUGAAUGUGCUUGAAAAUCUUGCGUCACAGGCCUCCAUUGCCGAGAAGAUUGGACGGGAUUCGAGCACGAUGUCCUGGCUGCUUGCGCGGAUACAAAAGAAGGAAAGGCCAGUGAGCCAAAACCAGCAAUACUCGGCGGAAAUUCUGGCCAUCCUUUUGCAGUCUGGUUCAAAAACCCGUGAGCGCUUUAUUGGUCUCGACGGCGUGGAUGCUCUACUUCAGCUACUGAGUCAGUACCGGAAGCGUGAUCCUGAAAAAGAUUCCGAUGAAGAAGAAUAUGCCGAAAAUCUAUUUGAUUGCUUAACAUGCCUCGUGGAUGAUGACGCUGGAAAAGAGAAGUUCCUGGAAGGGGAAGGCAUCGAACUUGCGCAAAUCAUGCUCAAAGAAGGAAAGUUUAGCAAGGUUCGAGCGCUCCGAGUGCUCGACCAUGUCCUAGGUGGUAUUGGAGGCGCGCCUUCAUGUGAAAGGUUAAUCGAGGUUGCUGGAUUAAGGACGAUCUUCGGCAUGUUUAUGCGCAAGCAAGAGAGCCAAGUCAUAGAACACUUGCUGGGUAUAUUCGGGUCUCUCCUGCGUCUUCUUCCUGGACAAUCACCACAGAGAAUCCGCACUUUGGCCAAGUUCAUGGAGAAAGACUACGAAAAGAUCGAGAAGUUGGUCAAACUGAGACGUGACUAUGCCUCCAGGGUGUCACCGGUCGAGCAAGCUAUUGAAAAAGAGCGAAAACAAUUUACAAAGGAAGAACAGGAGGUCAUGGAAGCCGAAUGGCUUUCGCGGAGAUUUGACGCAGGUCUUUUCUCUCUGCAGCUUAUUGAUGUCAUUCUGGCGUGGUUAGUCGCCGAGGAUGACGGUGCUAGGAAGAAGAUUGUGUCAGCUUUAGCAGAUCGAGAUGAAGAUUUGUCUCUCAUUCGCAGGACAUUGCAAGAGCAAAUAGAAGGUUUGUCAGAAGAAGGGCCAGGAGAGAAGGAUCAUAAAGAAAUGCUGCAGACACUCCUGCAAUUUUUGUAACAUGUACUUUUGGCCAUGCGUCUGUAAUAUAUUCUCUGCUAGUCUUGACACACUCAUGCCCAUGCCAGUAACAGACAAUAGUGGAACAACAGUAGGAAGCCAAGAGCACCUGACAUAACAGCUCACUUUUUACGUUUGGUAGACUUGAGGGGCAGGCCGGCUACCUGCGGAG